AUGAAUCCCUUGCUCAUGGCAGACAUUCCAGAUGCAGAUAUGGAGGAUGGAUACAGUAGCAGCAGCAGCCAUUCUCAGUCGUGGAUCUCAUGGUUCUGCUCGUUACCAGGCCACGAAUUCUAUUGCCGAGUACCAGAAAGUUUCAUUGAGGAUAGCUUCAAUUUGGUGGGAUUAUCCGAGCAUGUCAUGUACUACAGGGAAGCCUAUGAAAUGAUUUUGGAUGUUGAGCGAGAGGAUGACGAGAUGAGCAGCAAGAUACCAGAUGUCAGCUUACUUGUCCCUAGUGCUGAGAUGCUUUACGGCCUAAUACACCAACGUUACAUCAUUACAACAAUGGGAUUAAGGCAAAUGCUCGAGAAAUACAAAUCAGGCGUGUUUGGAUAUUGCCCUCGCUUUUAUUGUGAUCGUUUUGGGCUCCUUCCUUGCGGCCAAUAUGACCUACCACGAAGAGAUAACAACUUACGACUCUAUUGCCCUAAUUGCAAUGAUAUCUAUGUUAGCAGUGCCAAGUACUCCAAUGUCGACGGUUCCCAUUUUGGUACUUCUUUUCCACACCUCUUUGUGCAAGCUUUUCAAGAGGUUGUUGCUCCCCGUCCACAGAACAUUUACGUGGCAAGAAUAUUCGGAUUCCGUGUCAACGAACGCUCCCCUACAGGACCCCAAAUGCAAUGGCUACGCAUGACCAAGCCAUGA